AUGGAGAGCUUCAUGGAGUCACUAAACAAACUGAAGGACAUCCACGAGAAAGAAGUCCUAGGCCUGCAGAACAAGCUUGUGGAACUGAACUCUGAGAGGUGCCGGGAUGCUCAGAGGAUUGAGGAGCUCUUUGCCAAGAACCUCCAGCUCCGGGAGCAGCAGAAGGCUCUGAAGGAGAACGUAAAAGUUCUGGAGAACAGGCUGCGGGCUGGCCUGUGUGACCGCUGCAUGGUGACCCAGGAGCUGGCCAGAAAGAGACAGCAUGAGUUCCAGAGCUCCCACCUGCAGAGCCUGCAACACAUCUUCCUCCUGACCAAUGAGAUGACCGGGCUGAAGGACGAGAACAAGAGUCUGAAGGAAGAGGUGAAGCGGCUUCGGGGCCUCGGUGACAGGCCCAAGUCCCUGAGCAGGGAGGGCACCUCGGACCCCCCCUCACCCCUGUUGCUACCUUCCCCGGGUGGCCAGAAGGCAGGUACUGAGAAGUCACCUCAAGACCACGAGGAGCCCCAGGCAGAGAGUCCCAGCAUGGACCCACGGGGAGAAGAGCAGCAGCUGGGGCACCGGACAUCUCCUGUCACCAUAAUUUCUCCGAGUGUCAGCGUGCCUGAGUCUCGGGUCCCGGACAUGAGCCCCCAGCACAUCUCCAACCAGCUACAUGGGACCAUCGCCGUGGUACGGCCUGGGUCCCGGGCAUGCCCCCCAGACCAAGGCUCCAUCAACGGAACACCCCCUCCACCUGCCAGGAGCAGCCCACCCAACCCUCCCUACGAGCCCAGCUUCCCCCUGGACAGCCUUCUGCGGGCCUCCCGGCCCUCUCUCGUGGCCUUUGAGGCCCUGAAGAGCUCCCUGCAGGCUGACCGCCUCAGCUUCCUGAGCCGCCACCUGGCCCUGCACCUCCGAAGCUCCAGCAGCAGACCCCUGACUGCCACCACAACACCAAGUGACCCCCGGCCAAAGAGUCUGAAUGCCAUGGAAGCCGAGGGCUGGGAGGAGCCCACAGGCCUGCUGGAACUACCAGUGGACGAAAGGGACCCACGGUUGGAGGGCACGCUGCAGCGGCUCCUGGCCCAACAGCUUCGGGCUCGGGAGAGCAGAGCCAGGCCAAAGGGCCUGUCUGCACUGGAGGGGACCUCGCCCUCUCCACCAGCUGCCUCAGACUCCGAAGAUCCUGAGGAUAACCAGAUAGCCAGGGCAGCACUGACCAGAGCAGCCCAGCCUGGAGAGCGGCACCCACAGCCCACAGACCUGGCCAGCCUGAGCCAGAAGGCAGUUGUGGAUGUCCAGGAAUGUGCCCCAGACAAGCCCCUAGACCUCUCAGGCCGAGGUCGGGGCCAUGACGCCCCCAGACCUGCCAACCGUCCUGCAUUGCUCAGUCCCCCAACCACCUGUACGCCCAGCCCUGAGUCACCUGGACAGUCCAGACUCCUAACCUCCAGUCCCUGGGCACACAGCAACGGCUCCAAAGGGAACAGAGCAUCAGCACUAGAGGCUCCCCCCACUCCAGUGAUUCUCCCACUGCACCACCCCGGCCUGUCCUCUCCAAGUGGGGCAGAGAAUGAAUCCAAAGGGAGACCAGGGCUGCCUACCUCCCCAGAGAAGCCUGACAAGGAUGGCCAUACAGAGUCCAGCAAAGAGGAGGCGCAGGGGCCAGAGUCGGACGAGCCGGACACCUCGGACAGUGAGAAGGCCCCAAGUUCCGAAGUGAGUGUCAAGCUCAGCACUCAGCCAGGGGAGGAGCCCAGGUGCGUCUGCGCCAAGGAACUCGCGCAAGGUUUGCAGCGCAAGCGGAAGCGGGCGUCGGACUCGCGAGGCAAAGCCCCCAAGAAGCUGUUCCGAGGGAGAAGGAAGCCUCAGGAGCUCUUGGCAGUGGAGGAAAGUUCUAGAAGUCCAAAGAAUGCCAAGGACCGCAGCCCCUCAUCCAGCAGCUGA